UGUCUAUCUACAUACUUUGCGUUUAAUGUGUCAAAAAUAUUGUUAAACAAAUAAAAACGGUUGAAAAACGACAUCAGGAAGUGCUUUCAGGAAGUAGUUUGCCGAUGCUGGCAACGUUGAGUGACAACCCACACGGCAGCUCGCCGAGCAGAUAAUCAAGAUGGCAGGUCUGUCUUUAUAUUUUGAAGAUGGUCACGACGAUCUGGAUGACUUUGGGUUUGAUGACUAUGGAGCAGAGUGCGAUGGAAUCCGGAUCACAGCGUUCCUGGACGCAGGGCAGGACAACCUAACUCCUCUAGGCAGGCUAGAGAAAUAUGCCUUCAGUGAGAAUGUCUUCAACAGGCAGAUUGUGGCGCGCGGGCUGCUUGACGUGCUUCGAGAGUUCAGUGACAAUGAGAAUGACUUUAUCAGUGUCAUGGAAACAGUUGCCAGAAUGUCAGAAGACGGAGAACCCACAGUGCGUGCAGAACUCAUGGAGCAGGUCCCAAACAUCGCCAUGUUCCUACACGAGAAUCGGCCCAACUUCCCCGCAGCCUUCUCCAGAUACCUGGUGCCCAUCGUCGUGCGCUACCUCACAGACCCCAACAACCAGGUGCGUAAGACCAGCCAAGCAGCACUGCUGGUCCUGCUGGAGCAGGGACUGAUCUGCAAGGCUGACAUGGAGACCAAAGUGUGCCCAGUCCUCCUGGACCUCACAGAGCCCAGCAGUGAUGAUGACUACAAGAUAGAAGCCGUGGCGAUCAUGUGCAAGCUGGUGACGAUGUUGAGUAAAGACACUGUUGAGCACCUGCUCCUGCUGCGCUUCUGUGAGCUGUGCAGCGACGCCAGGCUCUUCCAAGUCCGCAAGGUGUGUGCAGCUAAUUUCGGCGAGUUCUGUUCCAUCGUGGGUCAGGAUGCCACAGAGAAACUACUGAUGUCCAAGUUCUUCGACCUGUGCUCAGACAGCCUGUGGGGCAUCAGGAAGGCGUGCGCAGAGUGCUUCAUGAUCGUCUCCAACUCCACCUCCCCGGAGGUGCGACGCACUAAACUGUCCCCUCUCUUCAUCAGCCUCAUCAGUGACCAGUCCCGCUGGGUGCGUCAGGCAGCCUUCCAGUCUCUGGGCCGCUUCAUCUCCACCUUCGCCAACCCCUCCAGCACAGGCCUCCUCUUCAGAGAGGACGGCACCCUGCUGGAGAUGCCCAGGUGUUUUUCUGACGGUGAGUCACCCCUGUGUAUCCAGUCCUCCAUGACCUGCUCUGAGUCUGGAGGCUGUCUGGCGGGCAGGACCGGCCGUCACACCCCAGCCAACCAGGACGGGCGUGCCACCCCCGCCCCUGAGCUUCUCUCCAGGGGGGACCAUGGAGCCAUGGAUCCCCCGGGCCCCGGCCCCCCUUCCUCCAGCUCUGGAGACGGACAUGGACUCCACACACACAACCACAGCCACAACCCCGUAUCGGUCACGGAAAACAGCAAAGAGUCGGAUCAGACGGACGAGAACUUUAACUCUUUCCACUACUGGAGACCUCCGUUACCGGACAUCAGCGGUGAUCUGGAGAUGCUGCAGGGGCCCAUGGUCCAGGAAGAGGGGGAGGAGAAGGAGGAGAGGAAGGAGGUAGAUGCGGGAGAGGUGGAGCUGGAGGAUGGGGAGGUGGAGGAGGCAGAGGAGGAGUACCGGGGGCUAGACUCCAGCCAGGGCCCGGCCACCAGCUCCCAGAUUCAGAAGGUUCUGGACUGUCUUCAGCCUCACAUGGAUGAUCCGGACGUACAGGCUCAAGUCUCUGUGCUAUCAGCCGCCCUAAAGGCAGCCCAGCUGGAUAGCCAAUCAGAUAGCCAGGCUGAAAGCCAGUCCGAAAGUCAGUCUGAAAGUCCAGCAGACAACCAAACGGAAGAGAGCGAAGCUCUGGAGGCCCAACCAGAGAACGGCGAGAGCAGCCCAGUGGAGGAGCAGGCGUCAGACCCGGCUCCUACGUUGGAAGCGGAGCCCAGCCCCACCCAAGAGCAGGCCGAGACCCAGACAGAACCAGAACCAGACGCCCAGGAGAACCAGGACUCUCCUUCAGACUCCCCCGUCCUCGUACGGGAUGACUCGGACCACAGCAGUGUGGAGUCUGAGCUGAUCGAGAGUGUGGAGGAGGAGAGGAAGGAUGACUCUUCUUCAGGUCAGGUGUAUGAGGAAAAACCUAAGGUUCAGAACGUGAUCCCCCAGCAGCUGCUGGACCAGUACCUGUCCAUGACGGACCCAGCCCGGGCCCAGACGGUGGACACGGAGAUAGCCAAGCACUGUGCCUUCAGCCUGCCUGGGGUGGCCUUGACGCUGGGCCGGCAGAACUGGCACUGCCUGAAGGACACCUACGAGACGCUGGCCACGGACGUCCAGUGGAAGGUGAGAAGGACCCUGGCCUUCUCCAUCCAUGAGCUGGCGGUGAUCCUGGGAGACCAACUCACGGCUGCGGACCUGGUGCCCAUCUUCAACGGCUUCCUCAAGGACCUGGACGAGGUCCGCAUCGGGGUCCUCAAACACCUCUACGACUUCCUCAAGCUUCUCCACGCAGACAAGCGGAGGGAGUAUCUGUACCAGCUUCAAGAGUUCAUGGUCACAGACAACAGCCGCAACUGGAGGUUCAGAUAUGAGCUGGCAGAGCAGUUGAUCCUGAUCAUCGAGUUGUACAGCCACUAUGAUGUGUAUGACUACCUCAGACAGAUAGCCCUCACCCUCUGUUCAGACAAGGUGUCUGAGGUCCGGUGGAUCUCCUACAAGCUGGUGGUUGAGAUCCUUCAGAAGCUGUAUGCGUGUGGAGCUCAUGACCUGGGCUUGAACUUCAUUAACGAGCUCAUCGUCAGGUUCUGCCACUGUCCCAAGUGGGUCGGCCGACAAGCCUUUGCAUUCAUCUGCCAGGCCAUCGUGGAGGAGGAUUGCAUGCCCAUGGAGCAGUUUGCCCAGCACCUUCUCCCCAGCCUGCUCAGCCUCUCCUCGGACCCUGUGGCCAACGUGCGCGUGCUGGUGGCCAAGGCCCUGCGGCAGAGCGUCAUGGAGAAAGUGUACUUCAAGGAGCCUGGCAGUGCCUACUCUGAUGAGCUGGAGGAGACUGUGAUGGCGCUGCAGGCUGACAAGGACCGGGACGUCCGUUUCUUUGCUAGCCUGGACCCCAACAGAGCCCUGCUGGACACGGCUGCCUUAAUCUAGCCCCUCACAGCCCUGCCCCUGGUGCCCAGCCCUGCCCCUGGUGCCCCCCACCUGCCUGUCUACCUACCUGUCUGUCUGACACAGUCAGCAACUUGCAAGCACCAGAUCAGACCACUUGCCAGCAGAACAGACCUGCGCUAAGGCACUGAUGACCACUCACACCUGCGCGCACACACACACACACACACUUAACAAUAGUGUGUGUGUUCAGAAAGACACUUUCACUUCCACACACACUAGAACAAGCACUCUUCUCUCCGGGGAAGGCGCGCCCACCCCCUUCACCCACCUCCAGAGAGGAUUGAGCAGGGCUCGGGUGAGCUGGAUCUCCCAGAGGAUGCCCCAACAGCCCCUCACACCUCCAGGACUGUCCCUCUCGAUCUUACCAGCACCCUCACACAGACUCCACUAGCAGACUGGAGGACAGCACAGCCAGCUCACUCUACUCUGCUCUCUCCAAAGCUAAUUGUGAUAGUUUUUAUUUUAUUAUUAUUACUACUUCCUCCUUUUGUAUUUAAUCAACCAACAAGCCGUCAGGCAGGCAGGAAGGCCUCGACAGGCUCUCUGCCUUCCACGGCCGCUAACUCAGGGGGACUGAUGGAAACAGACAGCAUUAGCAACAACCAGCGCUGCUGACUCAGCACGGGAAGUUAAACUAGUAAAACUCCAACCAGCCACGCAGCACCCCCACCCAACCUGUCCUCUCCAUGGUACUGACUCGUCCAUGUUUGUCUCGCUCUCUGUAUCUUUCUGUCUUUUUCCCUGACUCUCCCAUGCAGUCUGCCUCCUCUCUCCUCUAAUGUAUUCACGGGCCUCUGAAACCACUACUGCGCAGCGGGGAACAGCUCCAGCUGCUCCCAGUAAACCUCUGGUAGAACCAGGUAGAACCAGCUCAGAUACUUCUAAAAGGAACGUGUCUGAAUCACCUGUUUGAUCUAGUUUCUCAGUGCAUGUGUGCGCACGCACAUGCGUUUGUUUACCAAUAAUGUGACAAGUCUCCCGUACUGUCGGAGACAAAUGAAAUACCUCUGUUGGGACGAGGCUCUGCCUGUUGUGGAGAGGGGGGGGGGGAGUGAGGCUGAGGAGGACUUUCAUCUGUGACACGGAGGGGGGGGGAGGGGUCUUAUUGUUGAUAAAGGGCUUCAGGUGAAGUGACCAAGGUGUAAUGUAAACCAUGAGGCAAGUGCAGGAUCAAAACUACAUGGAACAGGCAUGUUUCAUUGCAGUAGAAACUCACCUUCCCUUCUGCUACACAGUUCAACCAAUUCCUCGUUCGGUUGACAUCCUGGUAUUUAUUAUGUGGCGUUAGUAGCUCGGUUGGUCUGACUGCCCACAAUUGUACAGUAGCCUAUAGGAAUGAAUGAGUACUGGCGAUGUAGCAAGGGUCCCAGUUUGAGAGGCUGCAUAUGUACCAAGUUUUAAUAUGUACCAGGUAUCAUAAGAUUAGCAACUUUUCAAGCAUUGUACAGCAUAACCUGUGGAAACGAUGUGUGUUUGAGAAACCAAGGCCAGUGUAAGGGUUGACUUGUUCCCCUAUUGACAUGAGUGAAUAUAACGGGAGCAGUCACCAAGUCACUUUUGUAGUCUUUUUAAAAAAUAUAUAAAAA